AUGGAACAAUCCUUAGACACCAUCAUCAAUGUCUACCACAGGUACUCUGUGAUACAGGGAGAGCCUGACACCCUGAGUAAGGAAGAAGUCAAAGAGCUGGUGAAUAAGGAGAUGCCAAACUCUUUCAAGAAAGAAGAAAAGGAUGAGAAAGCCAUGAAUGACAUGAUAAAGAACCUUGACACAAAGGAAGACAAUGUGCUGGACUUCUCUGAAUAUGUAGAUCUGAUAGGAAAUAUAUUGAAAACACUGCAUGAGAAGAGCCACAAAAAUGCAUCCUCAAGUGUCCAUGGCCAGGGUUCCAGCAAUGGACCAAACCUCUGA